GGAGGAGGCUUUGGCAUCAAAGUACAAGGAUGACCCCUCACCCAUCACACAUUUUGUCAUUUGAGACAAAAUAAACCACUCCCUCUCACCCCUAUCACCAAGCUCGACCAAGACCUCAAGAAAAGAAGAGGAAAAGCUCUCAAAACCACCUCCAUUGUUGCAGCACGAGCUCAAGAGAAAUUGGUCCAAGGAAGGAGGUUUGAGAAGGAAAAAGUUAGGAAAAGUGUGAAUAAUUAAGGAACUUGUGAAAGGUAUUUCAAGUGAUUUCACAAAGUUGGAAAAGUCGCCGGAGUUGUCGCCGGAGUUGACCAAAAGUCACCGGAGUUUCACCGGAGUUCAACCAAGAAGGGUAGAACUUCUUAACGCUAGUUCAAGGUUGAAGCUAGAGCUUGCUACUUGCACCUUCUCACGGGUGAUAUCAAAUCAGGGAGACGUGAAAUAGAGGGCAGGCGAAUGAGGACCAGGAACAAUCCGAGGGGGCAGGCGCCGGUAGUAUCCCAAAGGGGAAGCCGGGCUGCAUCUCGGGGUUCGAGAGGAGGCCGUGGAAGCCGUGGAGGUCAUCAAGCUCAAUCUGUGAGUGAUGGCCAUGUAAGCUCGGUGUAUGAAACCAACACCGAGGACUAUGACUCAACCUACGUUCCAGAAACGGAGCAUGAGGAGACCCCGUAUGAUGGGGGGGACACAUACACCGAUGAUGACGAUGAGAGUGAUGCCCGAUUCGCCCAGAUGGGUGAAUUACUUGAGUGGUAUCAAAAGGAGAAACUGAGGAGAGACCUUAGGCGCCAAGCGAGGCGUGGCUCUCGUGGUGGUUCGGGUCAAGGAAGCCGGGGAGCUUCCGUGGCCACCCCAGCGGCGUCACAAGGUGGGCGUGAAGGAGGUUUUGUCGUGAGAAUCUCCAAGUACCUCAAGGAGGCUAGGGCCUUGGGGUGUAGGUCCUUUGACGGCACCGGUGACAUUACCGUUGCCGCCGAUUGGAUUAAGAAGGUGAAGGAUGCGUCAAGAGACAUGCAAAUCACACCGGACGUGAAGUUGACUGUCGCUUCACGGCUACUAGAAGGGAUAGCCUCUACGUGGUGGGAGAGCGUGGAAGGGAAGUACCAUGGGGAAAUAACAUGGGCGGACUUUGAGCUAGAGUUCUAUGCUCAAUACUACUCCGAGUACGAGGUGAAUGUGAAACGGAGAGAGUACACUAACCUCAAACAGAAAGAUGGCGGCACGGUUAAGCAGCUGGAACAAGAGUUUAGAACCUUGGCGAGGUUCUUGCCAGAGUACGCGGUUGAUGAGAACCGCAUGACGGAGCACUUCUGGGAUGCAUUACUCUUGGAUAUCCGUGACCGAGCUACGUACUCUCGCCACAUGUCAUUUAGCGAGGUGGUGGAACAGGGUCUUCUUGGAGAGGCCCAGUGGAAUGAGAGGAAAGCAAGGGACGCCGAAGAGGCGAAGAAGAGGAAGUGGAAUAAUUCGGGGCCACCCGAUCAUUCUCGAAGGAACAACCACGGGGGUGGUGGUGGUGGCGGUGGUUCAUUCAAGACGCCGGCUCCACCGGCAAAGAAGAAUAGGGAUGCGAGGUGGCACGGACCUAGGCCACAGAACUCGGGGCCACCUAGAUGUCCCAAUUGCUCAAAACAACACUUUGGGAAGUGUAAUGAACCACCGAGGUGUUUUAAGUGCGGGAAUGCGGGCCAUAUGAAGGCCAAUUGCCCUCAAUUGAUGCAAGAGAGUGCCUCGGGAGCCGGGGGAGGGACCAUGACGGGAAGAAACCGUGCGGGACCGUCAAACGGCGGUACUGGAAGAGGCGGUGCAUCCACAAGCCAUGCCGCAUCUGUCAACCAAGGUGGGACCCAAGCACGAGUCUACGCGAUGACCGAGGCGGAUGCGCGAGCAAACCCGGACUCCGUUGCAGGUUGAAGCUAGAGCUUGCUACUUGCACCUUCUCACGGGUGAUAUCAAAUCAGGGAGACGUGGUUCGUGCUUCCUUAUUUUCUUUCAAACUACCGAACACUUGCUCAUGGAUAUUUGUUUUACUACAAACUAUUUUUGGGGCUUGCAUGCCCAUGUUGUCGGCCGGUUGUGGCCCAUGACUUACCGUUGAAUAUUUCCGCUAUUCAUUGGUUUAAUGUGAUGUUGUUAUGUAUGUUUACUACUGAGUAUGGAUGGAUUGUUUUCUCGAACGCCUUGUGUAAUUAAGUGAGGUUGACCCGUGGGUGACGUCACUUAGUUAUACGGCGGUUGUACACGCGCUUGGAUUGCGGUCUGGGGCGUGACACCUUAUACAUCACAAUUUAUUUAUUUAAUAUACUCGUGUUUAUUUUCAUAAUCUUUCAGGGAGCUCUAUAGUAACAAUAUAAGUGGCUUGAUUCCAUCAGACCUCGGCAAUCUAACAAAUUUGAUUAGUUUGGAUCUCUAUGACAACCAAUUGACUGGUCCCAUUCCUGAUACUUGGGGAAAUUUACUAAAUCUGAAAUUCUUACGGUUGAACCACAAUAGAUUGACGGGUCUUGUUCCAGACACUCUUGCUAAUCUUAAAUCACUCGCAGUACUGCGUGUUCCAUUCAUCUCGGCCCUGGGCCCCGAGGAU